CCCCCCCCAGGCCCCGCCCCCCACUGUUUGUUCUCCUCCCGGAUCCCGGAUGAAGAGGUUGCCCUGCCCAUGUCUUGCCCUGCCCCACUUCUGGCUUCUGGGGUCUCACUUCAUGGCUCAGGGCUCCGGGACUCAGGCCCCAGGGAAAGGGCCCUCGCUCAGCAUCCAGCUCCUGCGAGCCCAGUACGAAGGCUUGAGGCGGCAGCAGAGGGCCCAGGCCCACCUCGUGGUGCUUCCGAAAGGAGGGAACACGGCUGCUCCUGCUGAAUCCAUGGUCAGUGCUGUUUGGAUUAACAAGGAGAGAAGGCAUUCACUGUCUCUGGACGAGGCAGAUCCUGAGGCAGCAGGGAUGCUGGAGGAGGCUGACAGAGGCUGUCCGCAGGCCCCUGAGUCUCCAUGGCACACACACCUAGAGAUGCACCGCUUGGUCCAAGCCUUCCACCAGGAAACCAGUCAUCAGACAAAACACAAGGGCAAGCUCAUGGGGUCUGAGCAAAGGCUCCCUGAGGAAGGAGACCCAGGCUUGCUUGGAAACAAUCAGAUGACUCAGCAAGGGACCACGAACCCAGAGGCAGCUCAGAGUGAGUGUCAGGUGGGCAGUGCCCAUACCAAGGUGGUGGGAUCCACCUUAAACAUUGGCGUUCAGUGCCCUCCUUCCAUAAAGACCACACUCAGAUCUGGAAAACCAGCUCACUAUCCAUUUCCUCAAAGGAAAACUCCCAGGAUCUCCCAAGCUGCCCGGAACCUGGGCUUAUAUGGCCCAGCCUGAAGCUUUCUACUCAGCCUGUUGUCCCAACCUCGAGGCCAGCUAUGGCAUCAUCAAAGAAUGCAGGAGGCAGAGCCACAACGAGGGCCUCUAGCUGUGCGCAGGAACUGGACUAACUCAAUUGUAGGGAUUGUGGGAAAUGAACCUUACAGUGGGCACAUUGCCUUGUCCCUGAGAACAGAAGAGAUUUCCCAGGCCAGAUUGCUCACAGUCCAGGAUGAAAGUGCUAUCUGAUCAAUGCAGCCCCUUUCUGCUUUUGUAAAAAGACAUUGCUGUGGAGGCCUGGAUGCCCAUUCCUUGGGGAGGUCUCUAGAACUAGGGAAUUUUGAAACAUAACACAGGCCCCCCGGCCAGUGGAAUGCCUUAACAAUGUCCUGGAGUCAAUGGACGCGGGCAAUCUUGUUUUCAAUAUCUUCUGAUGAUUUUUCACAUGUUCUGGAGAAGAUGAGCUAUGAGAAUUGACUUUUUCUGGUUGCUAUGCCUGGAGGCCAGCUCACUUAGAAAUCACUACAUUCACUGGUAGUGGUCGCCCCAUUUCAGCUGGAGCAUCCCAAAGUAUGGUCACCCUGGGUAAAAAGGGUCACAACAGGGUCAUCUACUGUUUUAUGUGUUUGAGGGGUCUUCAGAAAGGGCCGGUCCUAUCUCACUGAGACUGCAUAUUCCAGUCUUAUCAUAGAUUUCUUUCCCUCCAUCCCUCCCUCCAUCCUUCCCGUCUGCCUUUCUAUUUGUCUGUGUUCUCUCUCUCCUUCCCUCCCUCCAAUGCUCCAAAUUAAGUUCUUAUUUAACACUGCCAAUCACUGAAAUAUAUAGUUACAGGAGCCUGAGCAGAAGGGGACAAAGAAAUGCUCCUGCUUGGAAAAUAUGUGCUCCCCACACACUGCUCCCUUUCAGCCACAUUGAGAUCACUCAACCUUCCUGGGGUAUUUGAAACCUAAGAGAAAGCAAAGCAGGUGCUACUUGGGUGAUGGGGAAGAAAGUAUGUCUUUCCUGGUUAAUGUUUAACUUUAGCAAUGAUAUUUAAACACAUCUAAGGGGCCUUGCCCUCCUAUCAGAUUCUCUCUCUGUGACAUUUCAUCCACGUCUUCCUUUUUUUCCUCAUGGUGAUCCAGUCUUGCCCCUCCACAUCCCGACUUGUCAACUGGGAGUGUCAUUACCUGUCAAAGAGGCAUAUGUGCCUGCUCCUUGGGCCACCCACAAAUUCACUCCAAUUUGAGGAUUCAUUGUAAUUCUUUUUGUAAAUAAUUAAUGAUCCAGUUGUUAAUUUUUUUAUAGUCUAAUGAAAAAGAAGGAAAUUUUCUGAAAACAAUUUUGUCCUUUGUUUUUAUUUUAAAGAGGAUUCCCAUAAGGAACCCUCUUUCUACAAUAUAGAAAUCAGGAUAGGCUAUGUUUUGCUGCAGUAACAAACAACCCCAAAAAUUUCACAAGAGAAGCUUUUUUUUUUUUAACUCAUGAAAAGUCCACUGUGGAUUUGGGGAAACUUCCAGAGCAGCUCUCCUACAUGUAUUACUAGCAGUUCAGGCUGCUUCAGUCUUGUGGUACCACCACGUCAAUAGUGGUUUCCCUAAUCACUGUAGCAGGAGAAGGGAGUGCAUUCAUAGUCAUGUACUGGCUCGCAAAUCACUUUUGUUCACAUUUCACUGUCCAAAGCAAGUGACAUAGUCAUAUCUCCACUUCAAGGGUAUGACGAGGUGCGAUCAUCCCAUGUGCCUGGAAGGAGAGAAGAAAUGGAAACAUGGGUGAGCCCAAAUGGCUAACAGGUAUGGAUAGGGGCCAGGUCACAGUACAAUAUUAGAUUUAUUCUGAAUACAAUAAGUAGCCAUUAAGGGGUUUACUAUGAGACUAAAAUGAGGGGGCCGGCCCCGUGGCCGAGUGGUUAAGUUUGCACACUCUGCUUCGGUGGCCCAGGGU